UCUGUGUGUAUUCAUAGUUUAUCUAAAUGUUAUCAUAAAUCUAAAGAUAAGACACUUCUGUCAUCCAGCUGUUAUAAAGUCCACCAUGUUUUCAUAAAGAGUCAAGUGAAUGAAAGGGAGGGCAUGUGUGAUUCUCUGCAUGUUGUUACUUCCUGAAUGUUUUCGACUGACACCCGACGGACGUCAGACCAAGAAACUCUGCCAGCAGCAUCAGUACAGUGCACUACGUUAUCGUCUUUAUCUACCAUAGUUAGUGCUGCGUAUCAUACACGUACAGCAGCACAGUAACAGAUCAGCACAGUGCAGUAAAAGUAAGUGAAGUGCAGCUUCUCUCUAACGGUUUCAGUCCUCUCAAGAUGUCAUCAGAUAUUUAUGCCAAACCGGAUUUAUCCAAGAAGGUCAGAUACACCAGAAAGGAGGAGUGGCAGGAAAAUGAGGUGGAUAUCUACGAGAGUGCAGACGAUAUUGGAAUACAUGAUUUUCAGUCACAUGACGAAGGAACGCAGAAUGAGAAACAACCUCCAGCCGGCCAAAGAAAGCGGUUCAGUUCUGCUGUAUUCUGUCUGGGAGUGCUGUGCUUUCUGACGCUGACUGCAAUCAUCGUCCUAACAACAUGUUAUAUUACUAUCAAUUUGGGAAAAGACCAGUUGCAGAACAAAUAUGACAAACUGAGCAACAACUACACCCAGCUCCAGGAAACAGUUUCAGCCAACAACAAUCAGCUGAAGAACAGUUAUGAAACCCUGAGUAAAAAUCACAGUAAGUUGCAAGAUCAGGUCAAGAAGCUGAAGGAUGAAAUUAAAGUCAACAACAGUCAGUUACAGGAUGAGUUACAGAAGCUGAAGGACAAAAUUGAAGAGAAGUGGUGUCCUGAUGGAUGGACGAGAUGUGGAUGCAGCUGUUACUUUAGAUCCAAUGAGAUUAAAUCGUGGGAUCAGAGCAGAACUGACUGUCGGAACAAAGGAGCAGAUCUGGUGGUCAUAAACAACAGAGAUGAAAAUAAAUUUGUCAGUGGCCUGAACAACAUGUAUGAAGAGUUCUGGAUCGGUCUAAAGACAGAAUGGUCAUCAGAGAGAAGAAGUUAUGAAUGGAAAUGGGUGGAUGGAUCACCGCUGACAGAAACCUUCUGGGCAGCAGGACAAUCAGCUGCUACAUGGGGCGGGUACACAGCAUACAGCAAUCAACAAGGACGAUGGACACAAAGUGUAUAUUAUCAUAAGAAGUAUUGGAUCUGUGAGAAACGAGUUUCUUGCAUUCUGUGAUGUCAGAAGUGUGUAGUGUUGAGAUCAGCUCUGUAAACUCAGACACAUUUCCAUGUAUUGUGUGUGACAUGCUCAAUAACCUGGAUCACUCAUAUUGUUCCUCUGCCUUACACGCUGUAUAAUCUGACUGGAAGUGAUCCAACACAACUACAUGUGUGUUACUGACUCUGCAGGAUUAUCACAAUAAAAGCUUGUCUUCAUGUUGCUUUAGCUGAUUCAUAAGUUUGUGUUCUGUUCCAUCUGUCUGUGUUCAUUAUGUGAAAAUAAAGCCAAGUUGUGUCUGA